AUGGACGAUAUUCCAUUUCAGGAGUACCCUGAUACGACCCAACGGAUUCAACUUCCAGUCCAUGAUGCACCAUCGCAAGCCAUAGCCUAUAACCAGCCCACUAUGGAGAACCAGGGACAGACCUCACACCAUGCCCAAGUUUCUAGUGAAAGAAGACGCUCGCUGGUCGAACAGGAGAUGAUAGAGGGAUUCAGAGAGAAUGCGGGCCAGUUUGAGCGACGAAAUGCUGCAGUUGAAAGACUUGCUGCUCGUGAGCGUGAACGCACUGCUCGACAAAGUCGACACAGCUCUGCUCAGACAAGAUUGAUUGCUGAGCAUAUUACUCGUGUUGAAGCGGCCCGUCGGAGUGAACAGGUUCAAUACCAGAGAAAUCUUCAACACCUCGACUCGUCAUCGUCUCGAGGUAUAACACGGGUGGUCUUGGACAGGCAGGAAUUGGUUACAGUCUUUGAGGAAGCUUUUUACAACCUGAGAGAGUAUUCUCAUGGGUACAGAAACUAUCAGGCUCCUCCCUCUUCCCCUUCUACUUCUACUUCUCUUUCUCUGUCUCUUUCUCCUUCCCGGGCACUGCACUUUGGUAGUAGUGAAGGUGGUGAUAGUCAAAGCUUUCAUCUUACGGGAAGUUCUCCGGAAAGAGGAAGGUCUCCAACUCCUCGCACACGACGUCUCUCGUAA